GGAGUUCCGAAGCCGAGAGUCGUUGACCGAGAUUGCCGAAGCGACAUGUUUCGGCUUCGAGAGUGGCCGCGAUGCAGGAGGUCGAGGCAGUUUCACGAAACGGGCAUCAAGCCAUGCAAUCUGUAUGUCUUGAAUACAACACGCCUCACGGCCCCUGGUCUGUAGCGACUGCUUUUCCGGUCUGAACAUAAUUCUUUUUCUAUCCCACGCCCAGUUAUCUCCAUCUCGAGCUGCACCUUCCGCUCAUCAGCACCGGCUUACGACCCUGAAGACGCCACGGCAGGACCUUGUUGGCGCAUCCCCCAAAGUCACUGCCCAUCGCAGUCAGCUGAGUCUGGCCCGGCGCGUAUACAAGAGCCAGGUAUCAAGUAGUCUGCUGGAGCAGGCUACAUAUUCUUAGACGCCAGUGUCCUGGUCUUUUCUUUGUCGCGCUUUGUGUCGCAAGUCUUCGCCAUGGCGCCACAAUACCUUCAAGUCUCACAAAGAGACUCUCGCCGGGACAACAACACCCUGAUAUCUUCUACUGGCCCGCCGCCGGAAAGCGCUCCAAAUGGCUCGCCAUCCACAAUAUCCAGCGGAAUCUCUCCAAGAGCUUCGCCCCAAACACAGUUCGCCAACUGGAACAACAACAUGGGUCCCCGUACUCCACCACAGCCUUCUGCGCAGCCCCAGCACCUGGCAACCACAACACUCAAGGUCGAAGGCAUGACCUGCGGCGCAUGCACCUCUGCUGUAGAAUCAGGUUUCAAGGACGUCGAUGGCGUUGGCAGCGUUUCCGUCAGCUUGGUCAUGGAGCGUGCUGUCAUCAUGCACGAUGCAACAAAGAUCUCGGCCGAUCAAGUACGCGAAACCAUAGAGGAUCGAGGCUUUGACGCCACUGUCCUGAGCACCGACUUGCCCGCCUCGACCUUGGACGAUAUCGUUGAAGAAGAGUCGGACGAAGACACAAUGGGCCUCGGAAUCACUUCCGCAUCCUCCGGUCUGACCACCACAACACUUAGUGUAGGUGGAAUGACUUGUGGUGCAUGCACAUCUGCUGUUGAGGGUGCCUUCAAGGGGCUCCCCGGAAUAAAAAGCUUCAACAUUUCGCUGCUUUCUGAGAGGGCCGUCAUAGAGCACGAUCCGAACCUGAUCACCGCAGACACUAUCGCAGAGACAAUUGAGGAUACUGGCUUUGAUGCCUCGAUCGUAGAAUCAAAGGUUUCAGAGCCUGUGCGGUCCAAGAUGCUGUCUUCCACUAGGAAGCUGAGCAGAAAGCAUGAUGUGCUGUUCACCACAAUCGUCGCCAUCGAAGGCAUGACUUGUGGCGCAUGCACCUCCGCUGUGACGAGCGGCUUCGACAAUGUUCCUGGUGUCAUGAAAUUCGAUAUCAGUCUGCUUGCCGAGAGAGCUGUCAUUCUACACGAUCCCACAAAACUCACUCCUGAACAGAUCGUUGAAAUUAUUGAAGAUCGUGGCUUCGAUGCUAGAAUGCUAACUUCGCGAGAAGAAGGAGGACCGCGUUCGCGACGAGCGAGCAGCACUGUAGAGUUGAAGCUGUUCGGCCUGCAGACUCCGGAGGCUGCUUCAGCCCUUGAAGCCGCGCUAAAGCAACGAAAGGGAAGCACGGCGGUCAAGAUCGACUUCAAGACCGGUAGAGCUUCAAUUGCUUACGAUCCCACCCAGACUGGACUCCGGUCGAUAGUCGAGUCAAUUGAGAGUGAAGGCCUCAAUGCUCUGACCGCCGAAAAUGACGACAACAAUGCGCAGUUGGAGUCUCUCGCGAAGACUAAAGAGAUCCAAGAAUGGUCCAGAGCACUGAAAGUCUCUCUCCUCUUUGCUGUACCUGUCUUCUUCACCAGUAUGAUUUUCCCUAUGUUCAUCAAACCCUUAGACUACGGAAGCUACAAACUACCUUUGAUACCUGGAUUGUGGCUUGGAGAUGUCGUCUGUUUACUUCUCACCAUCCCAGUCCAAUUCGGUAUUGGCAAACGGUUUUACAGAUCCGCCUACAAGUCCUUGAAGCACGGGUCUCCAACCAUGGACGUCCUGGUUGUUCUGGGAACUUCUGCAGCAUUCUUCUUCAGCUGCGCUGCUAUGCUAGUAUCAAUCCUCACGCCACCGCAUUCAAGACCUGGCACAACAUUUGAUACAAGUACGAUGCUGAUUACAUUCAUCCUGCUCGGUCGCUUCCUCGAGAAUAGAGCCAAAGGGCAGACUUCGGCUGCUCUAUCUCGUUUGAUGAGUCUUGCGCCGUCAACGGCUCUGAUCUAUACAGAUCCGAUAGCCGCACAAAAGGCUGCCGACGAAUGGGACGGCAAUGAGAAGUCCGAAAAGAGUUCUUCUGUUGGGGCUCUCGAGGAGAAGACUGUUCCCACGGAGCUUUUAGAGGUUGGUGACGUUGUUGUUCUCAAGCCUGGCGACAAGGUUCCAGCUGAUGGUACUGUAAUUCGUGGCGACAGCUACGUCAACGAGAGUAUGGUCACCGGAGAGGCGAUGCCCAUCUUGAAGACCAAGGGAAAGAACCUCAUGGCAGGUACUGUCAACGGCUCAGGAAGACUCGACUUCCAGGUCACCAGAGCUGGUCGCGACACACAACUCAGUCAAAUUGUCAGACUUGUUCAAGAAGCUCAGACCAGCCGUGCUCCCAUUCAACGUAUGGCUGAUGUGGUGGCUGGCUAUUUUGUUCCCAUCAUCAUCACACUUGGUCUAGCCACCUUUACCGCAUGGAUGAUUCUGAGCCACAUCCUGCAGACACCACCCACAAUCUUCACCAAGGACACGAGUGGCGGGCCCUUGAUGGUCUGCGUCAAACUUUGUAUCGCUGUCAUCGUUUUCGCCUGUCCCUGUGCGCUUGGCCUUGCAACUCCUACAGCCGUCAUGGUCGGCACUGGCGUUGGAGCGGAGCAAGGCAUUCUCAUCAAGGGUGGUGCGACGCUGGAAACCGCAACGAAGGUGACGCACAUCGUUCUCGACAAGACUGGUACCCUGACAAAGGGUAAGAUGAGUGUGUCUCGAUCAGACGUACAAGGCGGCUGGACCGCCGAUGCUGCUACGCUACGUCUCUACUGGACCUUGAUCGGACUUGCGGAAAUUGGCAGCGAACAUCCGAUCGCACGUGCGGUCACCAGUGCCGCCAAGGCACAUCUGGGCCUGGGGUCUGACGGCACUCUCGAUGGCAGCGUAGGUGAUUUUGUGUCCACAGUCGGCAAGGGCAUCUCGGCAUCUGUGGAAGCCGCCAUUUCGCCCGAGCGCAGGCGCUACAACGUGACGAUUGGUAACACCUCAUACCUGCGUUCUCGUGGCGUGGCUGUUCCAGAACAUGCAGACGACACCAAUGAUAAUGAACGUAGCAAGAGCGUCAGUGUAUCACCCAAGCAGCAGUCGGCGGGUGUCACAACCAUCCACACAUCGAUCGACAAUGUCUACACUGGCCCUCUGUCACUUUCCGAUACCCUCAAACCGUCAGCACCAGCCGCGAUAUCUGCCCUCCAACGUAUGGGCAUCACAUGCUCGAUUGUCACGGGCGAUCAGGCAAGCACUGCCUACUAUGUGGCCAACCUCCUUGGUAUUCCUAAGAGCAACGUUCAUGCUGGCGUCCUUCCUAGUGGUAAGCGCGAGAUUGUCGAAGAGCUUCAAGCUCAAGGUAUCAUCGUAGCCAUGGUGGGCGACGGUAUCAACGACUCACCUGCCCUUGCAACCGCCAAUGUCGGUAUAUCACUUGCUUCCGGUACAGAUGUCGCCAUUGAAGCUGCGGAUGUAGUUCUCAUGCGUCCCGACCAUCUCCUCGACAUCCCAUCUUCUUUGGCCUUGUCCCGCGCCAUAUUCCGGCGUAUUAAACUCAAUCUGAUCUGGGCUUGUGUCUACAACGCUGUCGGAUUACCCAUCGCGAUGGGCUUCUUUUUGCCGUGGGGCUUGUCUUUACCGCCUAUGGCUGCUGGUGCGGCAAUGGCGUGUUCGAGUGUCACGGUUGUGGUCUCGAGUCUGUUAUUGAAGCGAUGGAAGCCUCCGAGAUAUAUUCGUGAGGCUGCCGCUAAAGAGGUUGGUGAAGCUGAUAUGUUUGCAGAUGUCGACGCCAUGGUUCAGAGCCGUGGCUUGAUAGACAAAGUUUUAGGCUUGAUCAAAGGGAGAAGAGCAGAUGAUAAGGUUGACAGAGGUGCUUAUGUACCGUUGCAAAGGUUCGAGGAAGUGUAGAUGAAGUAGUUGACCUUGACACUUGUUGAAUAUUCUGUUUUCUCCGUUUCUAGUUGAUCUAAGACGCGUGUUUGCUU